AGAUUUGCAGAGUUAUACCAUUACUACACAGGAAUUGUGAUGAUCUGUUGAACUGUACGCAAAUAUGGAUAGUUACGUUAGAAGCUGGAAAAAUGUUUCUUGGGAAAAUGUUCAGCUCCGCGUCGAUGGUGAGAUAAAAGCAAUUGGAGCGCGCCAAGAUGAGGCAGAAGAAGGACGUAAAAUUCUCGUUGAAGAAAGCAACAAGUAUAGGCAAAAUACUGAUAAGGAAACCCGCCGAGUUGCUAUCCCACUCAUCAAAGCUUUCCAAAAAGAAGUUGAUCAGCUGACUGUGAGAGGAAAAGCCAUGGAAGCGGCAUUGAUAGAGAUUUGCUCACAGCUGACGAAUCUGCCAGAUCCUACGCCAAUACUAGAACAGGCGAUCGUUUGGAAAGCACAAGCGGAGAAGACCAAUAUAGCUGUCGAAGAAGCGAAUCAUUUCCGAGCGCAGAUUGCUCUUGUUCAAACAGAGUUAGCCGAUUUGAAGAAUCAGGAUGUCACAAUUCGUCAACUUCGCGACACUAUAGCUAAACUUGAAGAAGACAAAGCUAGAGAAGUUGAGCAAGCGAUCUCGGAAGUGGAAAAAGAGCUCAGAGACGAGUUUUCCAUACGUGAUCACGAAACCACAAUGCGUUCCGACAAGUUGAAAGCUGAGAAUGCUGCACUUGAAAAGAAGGUCAGCGAGCUGGAGACUCUAAUGCGAGAUGCGCAAAGACGACUGGACACUGCACGAGUAGCAGCUGACCGAAAAGAGGCGCUCGAAAAUGAGCAAAUUGACAUUGUGACAAGGGAUCUGAAUGACGCGAACAGGAGAGUUGCUUCUUUGGAAGCAGAACUGACGCGAGUCACAGCCGAACUUGCUGAAGCUCGAGCAAAUUCUCAACGUGGCAGCUUAGAAGACAUCGCUGCCCUUGGUGGCCUCAUGAAGGAGAAGGAUGAGCAGAUCGCUCGUCUUACCGAAGAGAACCGCCGCUUGGUAGAGACGGCUGCCGCUGAUGCGAAGAAGGCACGGCAACAGAUUGAGGAGUUGACUGCGGAUUUGAAUAAGAAGACAAAUCAAGCGCAGCAACUUGAAGCCAUGUUAGCUGAUCAGAGCGAUUAUGAAGCGAUUAAGAAGGAAUUGAGGUUACUUCGAGAAAUUGAGUUUGGAGACGCAGCGACCGCAAAUGAAGAGUCAAUCACGAAACUUGGUGAAACGGUUCAGUCAUUAGACAGGCUGCUAGCUGCCAAAAAUCGCCGAUUACAAAAUGACAAUGCCCUAUUGCGACAAGCUAAUGAGCGGUAUCAGGGCGAUGAAGUUAUGCAGGCCAUUUUGGCUGGAAGUCAUCAUGCUGUGGUAGAGGCUGUAAGCACCAAGGUUGGACGUGAAGUCGCCGAGAAUUAUGUGGACAAGGAUGCUGAAAAGAUUCGUCAAAUUCUCAGGACAGAAGCGCCAGAUCCGUUGAAGGAAGCAAAAGCCAAUACAGAAACUGAACAGAAUUUGUACAAAAUAUUAAUGAACAUGGGAGCACCAGUGACUACUCCAUCAACAAAGACAGAGAAUAAUGGUCAAACUCAUCAUCGUCGCCCUUCUGAACGAGAUCGCUCACCUUCGUCCGAAAUUCCGUUCGAGCAUUUUCGCUACUCACCGAAGCUUACGAAUUAUACGGGUGAACCCGCGAAGACCCCACAGGAGCUCAAGGCGAUUCAGGAUUUGCAGAUCCGCGUUGCUGCUAACGUGCGCGCGCUGGGCGGUCGCGCGUUGAACACGGCAGAAAUCGCGCGUCAGUGUAAACGCUUGAUGGUGGCGUAUAAUAUUGGACAACGACUAUUUGCAAAAUACGUCAUGAACCAGUCUCAAGGAUCGCUGAGCGAAUUGCUGUCAAAACCUCGACACUGGAGCAAGCUUACCGACAAGGGUCGAGAAGCGUUUCGUAGAAUCUAUGGUUGGAUCUCCGACGCUGAAGCUGUGGAUCUUCUUUGCUCGCUGAGCCCUCGUCGUGUGUGGCCGAGUGAAGUCCGCAUCGAACAUCCAUCCCCCGAAUCCUUGUGGGAAAGCAAUAGUGCGUUGCUGCCACCUGAAGAACCUGAUGAGAACUCCUUCAAAAGGGCGGCGAGCGCCAGAGAAGACCAGUCAUCAUUACAGUAUCGCCUUGCGGGCACUAAUCAAGCCGCUAAUGCUGGUUCAACCACCCGUAAUAGUCGCUGGCGACAUGAUGACAUACCGAAAGAGAAAAUUAUGAGUAUAUUCCAGACGGAGUUGGCCAAGUUGAGGGAGCAGGAAUCCACACUAGAAAGAGCCAUAGCGACGCGAUCUUUUGGUGGUGGACAUGUGAGAAAGAAUGAUGAUGCAGCGCCCUCAUAUCAUGAGAUGUCACAUAAUGAAAGAAUGGCAUCCAUUAGCCAUGCACAUCAGGUUAUGAGUGCGCGUAUGCGAGUGGGAUUGACACCAAUAACCCAAGAUCAGUUUGAGAUGUUUGGACACAUUGACACUGAAGAUGUAGUGAGACAGAUAAAGGAAUUCCUGUCAAUGAAUUCGAUCUCACAGCGACAAUUUGGCGAGCAUGUGCUAGGAUUGAGCCAGGGGUCUGUGUCUGACCUACUCGCCCGUCCCAAACAAUGGAAUAUGCUCACUCAGAAAGGUCGUGAACCUUUUAUACGCAUGAAAUUGUUCAUGCGCGAAGUGUCCCAGUCGGCUAACAAAGCUCGAAGUGAGGCAGUUGAGGAGAAGAAAGUCGUUUUAGAAACUCCAGCUGAAGAAGCUAAAGUAUCAACAAUGAACGAGUCUUCAAAAGAGCCUUCUACAUCCCCGGUGAUAAAUGUAAAGAGAGAAGUGCCUGAUGAAGAUGACGAUAUUAUUGCACUGCCGAGAUCUGAGUUUGAUACGGUUAGCCUCAGCGAUACGGCGGAAUUCGAAACCGGUGGCGAAGGUGAAGCUGUCGACACCGCGUUGCUGGUGAGAAAAGUCAAGGAUAGGCUGCAUUUGCAUGGAAUAUCACAGAGGUUGUUUGGCGAAGCGGUUCUUGGUAUAUCCGCUGGCGGCUGUUCGGAAUUGUUUUUACGUCCGCGACGAUGGUCAACGCUUUCGGUAAGAGGGCGAGAGCCGUACGAGAAAAUGAGGACUUGGUUAGCCGACAAAGAUGCAGUACAGAGGCUGCUCGUGAAGGAGCGGAUGGAUACUGGACUACCGCUUGAGAAAAAUUUUGCGAACGGAACAAUAAAAAGACUAUCAGAUCCGCCGUAUGAACCUCCACCCCGCAAAGUGCAGCGCACCAUCAUCACAGAGCAGCAGAAGGAAGCUUUACGUUUUGUCUUCCAGCAUGAACACCAUCCUAGCCAGAAAACUGUCGAGCUUCUUUCGCUGAAAUUAAAUCUCAAUAUCCGAACCGUGAACAACUGGUUCCAUAAUCAUCGCACAAGACAAAAGGCGAGCAUGAAAGAAGGAAAGGUGUAUCCGCCAGCAGUUGGCAGUUUGCCAACGAGCAAGAAUUGGCAGCAGGAUCUGCACUCCAUCCUUGAAAAUGCUUCUCGCUUCUCACUUAUGGAUGACUCACCACCAACUAUGGUACCCGUUCCGGCUGCACCUCUCUUUACCACUAGUGGUGAUGAACGUGCUAACUCGUCCAUCCUAUUCUCAAACGAUGAUCCUCCAACGACGACGUCAACGGCGACGACGUCGCCGUCACCGUUGUUCUCACCAGAAGAACGUAGCGAAAAAGCAAAUACAUUGGCAAGGAACGAAUUCGAGUUGAACCAACUUCGAGGCGAAAAUGCGACGCAGAAAGAGUUGGUCGAAAAGUUGGAAGCGGAUUUGGCUGCAGCCGUUGCUGGACAGAAUAAAACUUUCGACGAUGAUUUGACAACUAUGGAAAUGCUGGGAUCCGUUCACGAAACUAAAAUUGAAGGUGAUAAUAAUAGCGUCUUCACUAUCGUUCUAGCACAAAGAGAUCGCUUGAAACUACGUGUUGGAGUCUUGGAAGAGGAAUUAAUGGCCGAGAAGACAAAUCAUGGCGUGCUGCAGUCGGAAAUUGACAAACUUCGCGAGGAUAAUGUGAAGCUAUAUGGGAAGAUCAAGUUUUUGCAAGGUUACGGAGGUAAAUCCGCUGAAACUAGUGUCCCACUGCCAGAAGAAAGUAGCUACAGUGCCCAAUAUGAGAAGCGACUGGAUCCUUUUCAAAGGUUUGGACAGGCAGAGACGCAGAGAAGCUAUGCACGCCUACCGUUGCACGACCGAGCAUCGUUGAGCAUUGGAAAAGCGAUAAUGACGUCUCCAUCAGCACGCAUGACAUUCUUCUUCUACCUACUUUUCUUGCAUCUUCUGGUCUUCUUGGUUCUGUAUCGCUUCGCGUAUUUCGAAUCAUGUGAACGCGACUUCCAGCAGGAUUGUGUUGCUAGAUUUGAACGUCACAUGAGAGAACAUCAUCCAGGAAUGGAAAUAAAUAAUGGAUGACGGACCGUGCUUCAGCAGUUGAAAACCUUAAGAUUUAAAACAAUUGUGUUUUUGUUGUUCGCAAAAAGAGAUAAGAUUGUGAUUUAUUCCAUCUUCCGCAUUAGUGAUAAUUGUACGAGGUGAAGUUUUUUUUAUUAGCAUUAAAAUGUAUCUGAAAUGAGUAUACAUCAUUGACCUUUGCUUCUGUGAUCUAUAUGUAGUCCCAUUUUGUUUUUUUGGUAAUGCCAAU